CGGUGGCCUUCGCGAAAGUGAAUCUGAAAGUACCGCUCGCCCGUACCGACCGUACGGUACUUCAAACGGACACUGGACACUGAAAUUCUGGUGCUGGAGUUUGGUUAGAUUAACACUUUUUGGGACGCUCCAGGUUCUGGCACGCGCCACUGCGCUCGAUGUGCUCGAUGUGUGAUGAAUACGAUGGCCAAACGAUCACAACAUUAACACUGGCAUCACCAAGCACCGCGGCUUAAGUUGUUGUUCCGAAUUGUGCAACCGACAGACAGUGGGUAACAAACCACCAAUCACCCCCGAAGUCAGCAUUUAUGCCACUCCUGCUUGCGUGCGUGCGUGACAGUUUCGGGAAAACCCAACAUUAGCCGCGUAUAUGACGUGUGUUUAUGGAUGAGCGUUUAAGCACGGCCCAACCAUCCAAGUGACUCCCGGAGACAAUAGUGUUUAUUCUGGGAAAAAACCGACCGAACAGCUACGGGUCCCGUGCACGCGAUAUGUGAGUAAAGUCCCAGGCCUGCGAGUGCCGAGUCGAUGUGAAGAUUGUGUGAUGUGAUUGCGUGCAUAAAACGGGUGCAAAUACAACAGGACGAUCUCAAUCGCUGAGUGUGGCGACUUUAAAGUGAGAAACAUCACAGACUCCGCCCGUCAGACAUCAGAGACACCCCGCGGUCGCUGUGCUCCCGUCCUGUGUUAUCCCGUCAGUCCCGUGGAUUGAACCGUUGGUGGAAAGAUGCGGAAAGUUUGGCUGUUGGCGAGCGCCGUGCUGGCGUUUCUGAAUUUCGUCAAGUCGCAGGAGCUGGCCAGAACGCUGUACAGUCCAAGAUACGAUAACCUGGACAUUGACACCAUCUUGGCCAGCAACCGGUUGGUGUCGAACUAUGUUGACUGUCUGCUGAGCCGCAAACCGUGCCCACCGGAGGGCAAAGACCUGAAGCGAAUUCUACCGGAGGCGCUUCGUACCAAGUGUGCCCGCUGUUCACCGACCCAGAAGGAGAACGCACUGAAGAUCAUCACGCGGCUGUACUACGACUACCCGGACCAGUACCGGGCACUGCGGGAACGUUGGGAUCCUUCGGGCGAGUAUCAUCGCCGGUUCGAGGAGUAUCUCCGGGGACUGCAGUUCAACCAGAUCGGUGGCAGCGGCGGCGGAGGAGGAACGGGAGGAGGAACAGGAGCUGUAGCAGGAGGCAAUGGAGGCGGCGGUAACACGGUACAGACCGGUGGUAACGAUAGGCCGGUAAGAAAUGACCUCGAUCGGCAGCCCGCCACCCAGAGCAGCAACGUACAGAGUGUAGUGAUUGAUCCGGCCCAGCAGCUCGGACAGCAGGCGAGCGGCACCGUGAACACGCCUACGGCCGCCAUUCCCUCCUCCUUCCCACCGGCUGUUGCGCCAGCGACCGAACGACCGCGGCCACCGGCACCGGCACCGCCUGCUCCACCGGUACUAGUGAAUCGUUUCGGUGAGGAUGCGGAUCCGGUCCGGCCAACGAUUGCCGCGCCCGCUCCUGUAACGACCACUACGACGCGGAGGCCAACCACGACCGUCAGGCAGACGCGUCCGGUAACGCGUCAAACCUCCACGACCAGGAAUACUCAACGCACGACAACGAGAUUCAUAACACGAGUGCCACCAACGCCACCGCCAACACCUCGAUGGACGCCGACGACGUCGACGACAACGACGAUGACGCCGACGACCAAAUUACCACAACGACUUCCACCACCACCACCACCACCACCACAACCUUCACCAGGACAACAACAACAACCACUUUACCCUCAAGCACCACCUCCUCAAGUUUAUCCACCGAUAGUAUACCAGCAACAGCCACCUAGGGUUCAACCAGCCACCAUCACUACUACCACAACUACUACCACUGCACGACCACUCUACGUUCCCUCGUACCGACCAGGACCCACGGAAUUCAACGUGCCAUCGCCACAGUACGGUGGUGGUACUACGCCGGAUAGCAUUAUUGAUCACUUCUUUGUUCCACCGUCGCAACAGGCCGCGAAUGCCCCGCUACCGGCGGCUAGCCCGAUCGUUGGCCUCUGGAAUCAGCUCGGUACGAAGAUAGCGGACACGGCGGACGCCAUCGCUGGGAUGCUGAAGAAAACCGUCGACGUCCUGGUGACGAGCCACAUCCAGUCACAUCAGCGUGCGCUCCGUGGUAUUUAAGGCCGACGAAGGCGAAAGGCCAGCCGCCAGCAGCCAACACCCUUGCCAGUGCUAGGGCGUGAUUGAUGUCGGAUGUCGAAGCAGCUAUCCAGCCCGGGGGUCCAGUAGCAGAGAGAAUGCUUGCCGUUUUAGGCAUUAAUGUUCUUGUGCAUCUUGUGCAUCUUCACUUGUCCAGCUGGAUGGCGCCUAUACACACUAAACAAUGAUUCAUGACCUGCUCCUCGUUACUUACUUUACGUCUUGCAGCACCUAUCACUUAAGCACUAUCGGCGAUGCAAUGGAUUUGCGUGAAAAUUAAAAAAUUCGGAUCCAAUCCCAUCUCCCCAAGACCCCGAAGGUGGCGAAAUUGUUGGAAUUUACUGUGAUCGUAUUCAGUGAUAGGAAUAUACCUAGUGGUAGUGGAAGUGGAGCUUACACUUUCAGCGUAGCUGGAUGUCGCUUUUACCGUUUGCCCUCUGGUCUUCCCGAGGGCUGCCGCAUAAAUUUACGAUUACGAUUGCACUACACUGCUAUUGGCAAAAAAAAAACAACAGGAAUAUCCGGAACCGAUCACUAACCUUAGGUGACAAAAAAACAAUCGUUUGAAAACGGGGAAAUCUAGGGCACGGAUCCAUAUCGGAAAGCAUAUCCAACCAUAUGUAGCCAGGGUGAAUGCGUUUUUUGAUCCAUUCAAUAUUCUUGUAUUUUAUCUUGUAUUAAUCAAAUCAAAUAGAAAUAACAAAUAUAGAACUGUGUACUUCUCACUGUA